AUACCAAUGUGAAAUAUUACUUUAACUUACCGGUUUUUGCACAGGAGCAUUUUGAAAUUAAUUUUUAAAUUUGUAUUUUAAUCAUGACUGUAAUCUGAUCAAUAGAAUGUAUGUGUGUGUAAUUGUGAACACGACGCAAGUAUUAGAUUAACUUUAACUUUAAGACUUUAAUCUUUAUAAUUUAUAAAAUUAUUAUUAAACUUAAACCGUUAUUUUAGUAUUAAAUAAAAUGUACAUUUUAAUUAUUUAGUCUUCAGUACUCUUUUGUUCUAUUUAUACAGUUAGAUUAGUGGUAAAUUUUAAAGACGAAAGCCACUAUUUUAUCGAAUUUCAUGAAUGUAUCCCUAAAUCGAUCCCAAUGCCUAACAAUCCCUCAACCUAACCUAAACCCUAAUUGCCCUAAUUCACUGCAACUAUAAUAAACACUCAAAAGACGCAUCGGUCUUUGAUUUUACCCAAAUUAGUUAGUAUUUAAUUAGGCUGUGGCUAUUGGUAGUUUACUAUAAAUACUAUAAAAAACUACCAAUUGGUUAAAUAUUGAUUUAUUGAUGUAGUGCCAGUGCCAGUAGUGAAAUAAUUAUUGGUAGUCACUAUUUAUUUUUUAUUACAACACUGAAAUUACUCUUAAGUAUGUAUGUUGCCACACAAAAAACAACAUGUGCCAACAAAAUUUAUUGUCUGUGUUUAGUCUCAUAAAUUCACUCCAAUCCGAUGCCAAUUGGAUUUUCAAGACAUAAUUACAUAAUACACUUAUUUUUCUUUCUUUGUAUAUAUUUUAUUUUAUUUAUGUAUCACAGUAUCACUGCUUAUGUUUUCAUCAAAAUUAUUUGCAGUUUAAAAAAUUGAUUCUGCAUACUCUGCAUAGCAUUUAAAGUAAAUAGUGAUUCCUAGACAUUAAAUUGAUUAAUUUGUGUUAUAGUUGCACAAUAUCAGACCUGUUUGCUCUUACGAUUUUGGCGUACAGUGUACGAUUUUGAGAUGUAUACAUUUUAUGUACUGUAUGUUUAUUUUUUACUAUUAAGAUAAUGUUUGGAACGCUUUUGAGAUGAUAUUGUACGAUUUUUAGAGUUUGAGCGUAAACAGGUCUGCAAUAUACCCGCCCAAUGAAAAUAUUUAAUUUUACAUAAAAAAUAUUGAUGCCUUUAUAAGUUAAUGAGUGCUCAUUAAUGUAAAUAACACUCAGUAGACAUUUCUCCCAACAACUGAAAAUCAAAGCAGGGUGGUGUUGGUUUAUGUGACCAUGUUCCUAAACAAUGUUUGGCCCAAGCUUAUUUUAUCAUCGUUAAGCCUAAUCAUGUUAUUAUACAGUUUCAUUUAACUAAAGUAACAAUAAUAAGCAUGGGGAUGGCUACAGCAGAUAGUUUUAAAACUUUAAAACAGUACUGUAGAUUUAUUAAUUAGUGCCGAGGUGUUGUCACGAGUACAAAUUAGUAUUAAAUGAACGGGGCAAUACUUGGCCAGCCUCAUUGGAAGCAGAUUUUUAAAGCUAAGAUUUUGGUUUGAUUAGAUUGGCUGGACUACCAAUAGCUCUCUAGAAGCUAUUGGUAGUUUACUACGAAUAGCUCCCUGCCUUAACUAGAAGCUAUCGGUAGUAAACUACUUUCUUUAAUUAAUCUAAUUGACUCAAUGUUUAGUCUAACUUUUAGGUGGCUGCCAGUCUAAAGCUUAAGUCUAAAACUAAAGUAACAAUUUAUUACAUACAACACUGUUGUGAAGAGAUGAGAUGCGAUUGUUGAAAUCAAGAAACCUCUUCAGUUUUUCAGAUAUAUAUUUUCAACCAUGCCCAUAAAGUUGUACAUUCAGUUCAUAAAGUAAAGAUACUGCUUUCCAUUUAGAAAACUGUCCAUAUUUUCUAAAUUGGUCAACUGCCAUUCGCUUUAACUUCCAUCAGUCAUAAGUGGUGUCUCAUUAACAGUUGUUUUUUUUCUUUUAACAUAAAUAUAGUAAAUUUCAUUAUAAAGUAGCAGUCAAUAAACUAAUUUUUAAUUAAAUUAGUUUUUUGGAGGAUAGGAUUUCCCACCAUGGGUCCAUUGUGUCUACAGAUGUUAUAUACAGAUUUCAGUUUGUAAACUCCAUAGUUUGUGAUAUAAUUUAAUAUAUGUAUAGUAAAAAUAUAACAAAAAUUUAAAAUAUAAAAUAUUUGUAACAUAAAUCUCCAAUGAAAUUGAAUAAUUUGUUUGUAAUAGGUCAUGUAAGUUAACAUUCUUAAGUUUCUCAUUUGAUCUCCCGUUUCCUUAACUAUUCCAUUAUCUCAUAUUAUUAUUUUUAUUUAAUUUUUUUUUUUUUACAGAAGGUGAAUAGAGCUGCUGAUUGAUCAUGUUUUACAAUUUGCCAUUAAAUCUAAAGAGUUAAGAUAUUUUUUAAUUCACAUUGAGAAACUGAACCCCAAAAAUGAGUGUUGACCGUGCUUAUUCCGAGAGAGAUGACAGAGCUUCCGAAAGAAAUGCUGACAAAUACAGUGAUGAUUUUUCUAGUGAUGAUGAUCAAAGAACACCAACACCACAUAAAUCAUCAACUCAAAAGAAUACACAUCACCAAUACUACCAGGAUCGAUGUAAGUUUGCUAAUAAUUAAUUAAUCUAGACAAAAUCAAAAGAUGUCUUUAAAAUUUUAAUAAAUUCGUAUAAAUCUUUCAGUAUGGUCAUAUGCAUGUUCUUGAAUUUUAGAAUAAAUAAAAUAUAGAAUGCUUCAAGUUCAAUUCCAUAAAAUUUGGCAUAAAGUUAGUGACUUAGUGUUGUGUUACUCAUCAUCCCAAAUGUUAAAAAGUACUCCUUUAAAGUGAUCACUGAACACAUUUGAGACUGGACUGUUUAGUUGAGGUUUUCUUAAUCAGGGGUGCCCUCAUACCCUUUUGGUGCAGGGGGUCUGGUUAGAUCCAGAAAAUCACUUUUAUUUGCAUUUUAUUAGCAUUUUUUUGUGUGUGGGGAAAUAUGUUUUGGAAUCAAGAUGCGGGUGCAGGAAUGUUUUAAAAUAAAUGUUAAGAACCUCUAGUUUAGUUAUUAAUAAUAAACCAGAUUAUUUCAUUAAAUAGAUUUAUUCCAGUUUGAUAUAUUUAGAUGUGUUUUAAAAUAAUUUUUAAAUUUAAAAAAGAUGUACAAAAAUUUUAGGAUCUCACACAAAAUGCAAUUAGGUUCAAAUUGAAAUUAUUUUAUAAAACUUGUCAACCCUGCGAACUGAACAAUGGAAAAAACAAAAACACUCACAACUUUCAAUCCCUCUUAUUUGUGAAUUAUUCAAGGACAAUGGAUUUUUUUUCUUACUUUUUUUUUUCACAUUUAAACUUAAGUAGAUCACUAAAUUUUUAAUUGAUAAAAUAAAUUUUAAAUAAAAGUGUGUGACAAUAAUAAAACAAUUGUCUUUGUUUAUCAAGUUAACUAACUGGUGGUUAUGCUUUGAUACUUUUCCUAUUCCUCUCCCCAUAACAGUACAAAUAAUUUAAUGCUUGUGGGGCAAUGAAAUUUUGCUCAAACAAAAGAAUCCUUUUAAAACGCAUAUUUAAUAUCAACAUCUAGAAAAUGGAAACACCAGCAUCCUAUACUAAUGUCUCGGUGUCAGUGAGAAAACACUUUGUUGACUCAAGUAUUGUCGAGAAAAAUGUUUGUUCCAAUACAAUUGCCAACACCUGCGCAAACCCAUGUGGAUUAACUUUCGUAGGGCAAAUUAUGGAAACUAGAACUGAGGGUAAAUGUCUGUAAAGUUGAAGUUACACAUAUUUAAAGUAUUUUUUUUUAAAAUAAAUGAUUGCUCUAUGUUGAUUUGAAUUUUAUUGUUGAUUUUUGCUGAGUUUUAAAAGGAAGUAACAUAAUAAAAGGGGACAUCAUCCCUGUGGUGCUUGCCAAUAUCCUUCAAAGUCUCUUUAUGAGCUUCUGCGUCACUUUUCAAAACACAAGUGUUAGGAAACUUGACCUGUGUAGUACAUUGUGAGGAUAAAGUCCUUAGGAAACUUGACCUAUUUAUGUAGUACACUGUGAGUAUAAAGUCCGUAGGAAACUUGACCUAUGUAGUACACUGUGAGUAUAAAGUCCGUAGGAAACUUGACCUAUGUAGUACACUGUGAGUAUAAAGUCCGUAGGAAACUUGACCUAUGUAGUACACUGUGAGUAUAAAGUCCGUAGGAAACUUGACCUAUUUAUGUAGUACACUGUGAGUAUAAAGUCCUUAGGAAACUUGACCUAUUUAUGUAGUACACUGUGAGUAUAAAGUCCUUAGGAAACUUGACCUAUGUAGUACACUGCGAGUAUGAAGUCCUUGUAGCUCAAUGGAUUCCUACAAAUAAUUUAGAUACCCAAUGUUGUUAAGAUGACAUGAAUUAUGUUGCUUUUUUUAAAAAUCAUUUUAAAAUAAAUUCCAGCUCCGCAAUUACUUUUAAUUUUUCAUCGGUUCUGAUUCCCAAAAAUUAUAUUAGUUUUUCUGUCUCUUUUAUUUAAUAUAAUAUGCUAAUUUGCACUCUGGGCAGUUGACAUGCCCAAAUAGCCCAUUUACCGCCACAUUAAUUCAUUUGUAUCUGAGUAGUAGAAAUCUUCCUUGGCACAUCUGAUUAUAUCAUGACAUCUUCCUUGGCACAUCUGAUUUUGUCAUGACAUCUCCCUUGCCACAUCUGAUUCUGUUAUGACAUCGUCCUUGCCACAUCUGAUUCUGUCAUAAUAUCGUCCUUGCCACAUCUGAUUCUGUCCUGACCCCCGGCAUAUAGAAGAUAAAUUCUUUACUUCCGUUCAUACUUCAGCGUUGUUGAAGGGCGCGCCCUCUGGCCAAUAUAAGUGCAACAUCCUCUGGGCCACGUGAUGAAAGGCCAUAAACCCAGCUGUGCAAUUAACAAGUCUUAGUCUGUCAAUGUCUCAGUUGAAGAAUAAUAUGUUUUAAAUCACAUUUUAUGGACAGGUAAAACUGUAUUACGUUUAUGAGCUUUGGGGCGUUUCCGUGGAAUUGGGGGAGGGGGGGCUUGUUAAAAGUAGCCAAGGUCAUUUAUCGGGACUUAACUGUGGUUAGCGAGAUGUUGUGACAACAGAAACACCUUUAAACAUUAGUUACUGAAAUGUGAGCGUGACUCUAGUGAUGUCUUAGAUCAAUGGUUGGUAACGGGACUUGAAAGCUCUCCCAAGUGUAGAUAUGUCACUCUCGUUCGUGUCUGAAGCUUCGCAAGAUUUAUUUGUAUUUAGCACAUGGCGGCAUCGACCGCUAAGAGAGAUGAGUUGACAAUGCUAAUACAACGACAUUGAUUAUCGAUCGUUGUCUUGAUUACAAGGGCUGCUAAUAUCGAACAUGACCUUGCUCUGAAAUGCUAACGGAAUCGAUCCUGUUGGCUGAUUGCUCAAUCUGGUGAUCUUUGAGGUCCUGAUUGAAGUACACCGCCUUGAGCAUUUCACUUUUUUGUUUUUUCAAAGUGACGUAAUCUGUGAUCUGUUAAGUGGAGUGAGCAGUGAUGUCUUUUAAAAUUAAGAUGAAGGAAUGUCCUGUUGAUCUGUAAAAUGUCAACCGGUUAUCCACGAUAUUUACUGUAAAUUGGAUACAACCUAAUUCUAUCCACACACAAAACAACAUCCGCCCUUGGAGACUCACAAGUGGGCAGCCCCCCCCCCCCCCGAGGGCUUUUUUUUUUAUUUUCUCGGCCUCUGCACGACCGGGGGGGGGGAGGGGUGGUGGUGGUGGGGGUCGUGGAUCUCUUCAGUAGUUACGUAUACCAUGUGAGAGCAGGGUGCGUGUGUGGCGUGGUUUGCAGUUCUACAGUAGUUUCAGAUACCUUGUUCUAUGCAAGUCCUACAAAUCUUGAUUUAUAACCUUCACUAAUGUGACGUUAUGCACGGAUUGGCGUAAACAGGUCAAAUCGAUGGUCAGUUAACGUUUCCAGGUCAUAAGCAUGCCAUCUUCGUCGAUGCGGCUGUCGUGAUCAUACUGGCUACUGGCUACACUAUAAAUGCUUCUCUGCCGUCCAUGGUUAAUGGUUGUGAUGUUGCGUGCUGGGACCAAAGUGAGGCUGACAUCCUUGGGGGGGGGGGGGGGGGGGGGUAUGGUGGAACAUUUAAACUUGAUGGCAUCAUAUUUUGGGACAUUUGAAAACCAGACAUUAAAUACGGCAUUCUUUCUCCGGGCUUGGGAUCGGCUACGGCGGAGUUCGUCUAAAGCUUGGUAACUUGAUUAUGUUUUUAUGAAUCCUACUACUAGCAUCUACCCAUUAAGUGACAAACUACAAAACAGUUUGCUACAACAUUAUUAAUUAGUUAAAGCGUUAAAUAUAUAUAUCGUCAAAAUUACAAUUGGUGGGUGGUACUGUACAGUCCUCUCCUAACCUUGAAUGUAAGCACUAAAGAUUCUGUGUGAGCUAAGAAAUUGUAUCAUAUUAUAUUUCUUAUUUCUCCAUUACUAGAGAAAAUUGGUUAAAACUACUGUAAGUGUAAGUUAAGCUAUUCUUUUUUGGGUAUAACGCUUGUCUGUUGGCUUGAAUUGGGGAUAGCAAGCUAGCGUUUAUUCCGCACAUGACUUUACAACACUGGCCCGUCCUUUGGCAAUUGCCAGCAUACUCCAAGUAGCAUAAGUCUUCCUGUGUCAAAUACACAGCCUAGCUGCCCCCUUUCACCCUGGAAUCACCCUUACCUGUCUGACAACUUAAUGUUAGGUCAUAACAAUGUGUCUGUUUGAGCUGCUACUGCCUGCCAAUAUAGCUGGUUAGUCAUGACUAUAGUGUUGUGGUGAAUGAUAAGGAAAUAACAGAAGCCGCUACUGUAGUGCACAUUAUUGAUAUGUAUACCACCUCUGUUCCCCAUUUAACUGUGCCAUUUCGCAGUGUCAUUUGGCUCAAAUAUGUUCUUGUUCUUGUUAAUCAGAUUCUUUUACUUUUUUCGUUUUUAAAUACUAACACACCACAUGUGACAUGUCUAAUGAAAAUUAAUAGUUUCAGAUUACCAUUUUUUUAAAGAAUGAAAUAAGUGUUUCCGUUUAAAGUUGAUUGAUUAACAAUGGUUGACAUGAGGCUGGUUGGGUCCGUUGAAAAUAGAAUACGCUAUACCAUGAGGGCCCGCGAUCAGUGUAUUGAUCAUUCUGGCUCCUAUGUCAGACCUGCUUAUCCCCAAACUCUUAAAAUCGUACAACAUCAUCACAAAAUCCUUCCAUACAUUAUUAAAUAGUAAAAAAGAAACAUACAGUAUUUAUAAUGUAUACACCUCAAAAUCGUAUAUUGUACGCCAAAAUCGUAAGAGUAAACAGGUCUGCAUACUAUGUAUGUAGGAGCACAACACGUUUUUGGGAAUAACAAUAAUCUUUAAGAAGAUAAAAAGUUAAUCUCCACCCCACUCACCCCUCCCUUAAUUACCAGUCUCCCUUACACUCCAACUUUCAGAAAUCUAAAUUCUAUUUCUGUUAAUUUGAAAUCAAGCUUAACUGAAUGGGCCUAGAACUAUAAUUUGAAUUCUCAUCCUAACACUUAAUUUUUUUAAAAAGAAAUUACAUAAGAUACCAUUUCUUUAAGCCCAUCUUGACUGUUGGUCUGCACACUGCUAGUUUACAUUGUUAAGUAUCUUCCAUUUUUUUUUUUGCAUGUCUUUCUGUCUAAAGGUUUACAUGAAACUUUUUUGGUUUCCAUAGUUCGAGGAAAGGGCAGAGGUGCAGGUGGGGGAGCCCGGGGGCGAGGGCGGGGAACCAAACGGGGUCGAGGAAGCAGCCGAGCCAGCGAGCCAGGUGACAUGCGUAAAAGCCAUGAUACAAUCACUGCCAGAGUUCUGUCUGCAAGUCGUAACAGGAUUAAUGAGCUCAGGAAUAAGGUAACUUUGUUACUUGUGCUGCACAAAUUAUCUUAGUUAAAAUCCAUACAAAAGUUAGAGGUAAAGAACACAGUCUUGAUGACUUUUUCACUUUAUCAAAAUAUGAGGAAAUGUUUCUUUGUAGUUACCAUUAGCUCAGUUUUGUUACUUCUACUCCUUUGAAAUACUUUCUUUUCAAGUAUAUUCUUUUGUCAUUUGAGUUUUAAAUGCCAAAAGUGAUGUGUAACAUUUAAGAGUCAUCUAUAAAAAUGACAUCCUUUACACAUUCAGUGUCAUGCAAACAUUAAAAUUUGAUUUGAUUUGUGUCAUUUUGCUAAAAUGCUGAGAAACUUACUGCCUCAUUGAAACUUUUAAGGUUGAAGAGCUUAGGAUACAGAUCAAGGACUUAGAACAGGAGAACAGACUAUACAAGAAAAUGCAGUUUCGGCAGGAGAAGGCAAUCAGGGUUAUUGAAGAAAAAGAGAAUGAUCUCCCCAGUAUUUUAGACAAGCACAAUAAUGAAGUCAGGUAAGUGUAACAAAUAAAACAAAAAGAUACUCAUUUUUUCACCCUAUAAAGUUAGAUUAUCAUUUAAUUUUUAAAAAAGGUUAAAUAAAAAAAUGUAUUGUAGACAAAACCAUGUUUAUCAAUUGAAGUUGAAGUCCAAGAAAAUGAAAAUUCCCAUGCUAUUGCUAAGUAGGAAAUACAUACAAAGCAACAGGUGUUGAUUUCAUAUUAAUACCAACAUGCCUUCCCAAUGUAUUUUGCUAAAAUCAUAACAUGCCAAUCAAAAAUCUUAUUAUUUUCAAGGGCACUGAGGGAGCAGAACAGGAAAAUGAAAGAGAAAUAUGACAAGUCUGAUCGUUAUUUGAGAGAUGCUGAGGAUGAGUUGGAAAGAGUUAAAAAGAAAAUGAAUAAAUACAAGGAGAUGUGCGAACAGAAAGAGUUGAUGGAGAGAGAUGAACUGACAAGGAAACUUACCAAAGCUGAGCUCGACUUGGAGGAGAAAGAAGCCAAAAUUAGAGUAAACCUCAAAUCUUGUCAUUGAAAUCUGAGUCAUCUAAAAAUUAGUUAUAUAAAAAAAAUAUAUCUCAUUUUUUUAUGUUUCCUUAAAUUCAAGAAUAAUUUUAAAUUUCAUUUAUCAUUAAUUAAUUUACUUUCUUCUAUUAAACACAUUAUUUUUAAUCUUGUUGUAUUUAUAAGUAAAUUGGGGAGACAACAAAUUGAAGUAAAACUGGUGCAAUAAAAUUGACAUUUUGGAAAAAAUUCAGAUACAAUAUAAAUCAUAUCAACAAAGUUAAUAUUUUGGAAGAAAUUCAGAUACAAUAUAAAUCAUAUCAACAAAGUUAAUAUUUUGGAAGAAAUUCAGAUACAAUAUAAAUCAUAUCAACAAAGUUAAUAUUUUGGAAGAAAUUCAGAUACAAUAUAAAUCAUAUCAACAAAGUUAAUAUUUUGGAAGAAAUUCAGAUACAAUAUAAAUCAUAUCAACAAAGUUAAUAUUUUGGAAGAAAUUCAGAUACAAUAUAAAUCAUAUCAACAAAGUUAAUAUUUUGGAAGAAAUUCAGAUACAAUAUAAAUCAUAUCAACAAAGUUAAUAUUUUGGAAGAAAUUCAGAUACAAUAUAAAUCAUAUCAACAAAGUUAAUAUUUUGAAAGAAAUUCAGAUACAAUAUAAAUCAUAUCAACAAAGUUAAUAUUUUGGAAGAAAUUCAGAUACAAUAUAAAUCAUAUCAACAAAGUUAAUAUUUUGGAAGAAAUUCAGAUACAAUAUAAAUCAUAUCAACAAAGUUAAUAUUUUGAAAGAAAUUCAGAUACAAUAUAAAUCAUAUCAACAAAGUUAAUAUUUUGGAAGAAAUUCAGAUACAAUAUAAAUCAUAUCAACAAAGUUAAUAUUUUGAAAGAAAUUCAGAUACAAUAUAAAUCAUAUUAACAAAGUUAAUAUUUUGGAAGAAAUUCAGAUACAAUAUAAAUCAUAUCAACAAAGUUAAUAUUUUGAAAGAAAUUCAGAUACAAUAUAAAUCAUAUCAACAAAGUUAAUAUUUUGGAAGAAAUUCAAACAGAAUCAAUAUAAAUUUUAAUUAUAUCAAGAAAUUUACAAUUUUGGAAAGAAAUUGAAACAGAUACAAUAUAAAUUAUAUAAAAAAAUGUUACAUGCAUACCAAUGCAGCAAAGUACUAUCUACUGUUGUAGAAUCUACUGUUGUAGAAUCUACUGUUGUAGUAUCUACUGUUGUAGAAUCUACUUUUGUAGAAUCUACUGUUGUACAAGCUAAUUUUGUAGCUUUCUUUUAGACAGGACACAUUGGAAUGUCAAUGCCUUUUGUUUUUCAGGAGUUGCAAAGACAUGUAGAGACAUUAAAAAAGAACCACCGCCAUGAACUGGGUAUUGAAGCAGCAAGGCAAAAGGAUAUGAAAAAGCAAGUGGAAGAACUGACAGAGAAAAACUCGCAACUAGAAAGCCUGUUGAAGGUAUGGAUAUUCAUGCUAAUGGCUUUCAGAAGAUUUUAAAUUAAUUGUUUCAACUAUUCUUAAUUCUUACUUUGCACAAUAUCCAAUGGUUUUCUAGAUAUUUUUACACUAAUUUUAUUUAGAUUUUGAUUUUAUCUUCUUUUUAUCAUCAGCUUUUGUGCAUUUAUAAUGCUUCUUAUUUCUGUUUUGAGAUUAUAUAAUUUUGGAUGGGUCUAUCAGAACCAUGUUAUAAUUUAUGUUUAUGAUUGCCGUGAUAGUUAACUAGCUUCUUUUCCUUACCCUCUACUAGAGAGGAGAGUCUCAGCAUCCACUCUUUUUUGCUUGGGAGAUUGACAUAUUUGGAUGAAAUGAUUGUCUUCCUUCAAUCGUUUUCAAAUACUAGUCUGCUGCAUGAAAAAGAGAUGUUGAUCUUACUGAUCAGGGUUGUGCAAUGAAGCACUCUACAUACUGAAUAAAAAUACAUAAUUCUCACACAAUAUGAUGAAGUGCUACACUAUCAUUUAGUCCCUCACUUUUAUAAUAUCAUUUGAGUUUGAUUUUAAUAGUGUUCAUUUUAUAAAAUUCUUUGCUGUAACAGAAGAAAUCAAUUUUCAGGACAAAGAAAAAGCUCUGGAGCACAAGAACAUUUACAGUCGACCUCCAAGGUCAAGAGAUGACUCCCCUGAUGAGUCACCAAACCGAAAGCCUAAGAAAAAAACUUCUUCCAUGACCGAGCUGACACCUAGAGACAAGGCCAAGUUUUAUGCAGAUAAACGUAGAGAAGAGCUCCAGAAGCAGAAAGAGGUGAGAGAUGUGGUUAUGAUUGCUUCAAAUAAAUUUUUAAACAAUGCUACAAAAUAUACAGAAUGCAUCUGAUUUUGGUUAACAGCUGCUAUCUGAUUAAUUAAUUACUUUAACAAAAUUUAUUUUACAAAAUUGAGCUCUUUUUUUGCAAUGUGACUAAUUAUAAACAAGAGUUUAUUUUCCUUUAAAUUAAUUGAUGGCUUAUUUUUGUCACGAUGCAUAUUAAUCUCAUCUUAUAUGGUCAUAAAUAAAUCCUAUCAGUUAAUUUUUUGUUCUUUUUCAAUUUGUAUUCAAAAUUUUAAUUUGUAUAAGUAAUAUAAUUUUUUUUUGGGGGGGGGUUAAAAAAUUAACAUUAAUACUUUAUUAACUCAUUCCAUACGGCUGUGUUACUUCCGUACUUAAUCAAUUUUCACGAAUAAAAGGAAGUAAAAAUAUUUUACAAAUAAAAAUAGUUUGCAAAAAAGUAAAUCUGUUUAGCAAACUAUUUUUAUUUUUAAAAUAAUUUUUUAGCUGCUAUAUUUUAGCUGGCAUUAAGGGAACUAAGUAUAAAUGCAUCCAGAAAUGAAUUAGCUGUAAGAAAAAUAUAACAUUCACUGUAAAAAAAUAAAAAUUUGAUUUUUGGCACCUUGGACCGGAAUCCUAGAGGGAUGCCCGAUUUUAUUGCUAUUCUAAAAUAAAAAUAAGAGAGUUGUCAGGACGCGCAGGGAUACAUUUGGAUAUUUCUGUUGAAACCCCCCAGGACGCAUUUAGUCGCAAUCAUAGGGAAUGAGUUAAUAGGUUAUUCAUUUUUACAAAUAUUUUAGCAAGUUCUUUGAAAACUUUUAAAUAGUUAUAACAAAUAUUGAUUCUGCUCACUAAAUAAUUUCUAUAGAUUAAAGCUGAGCAAGAGAGAAAGAAACGAAGACUGUGGGAGGACGAAAAAAAAGAAGAGAAAAAAGAGAAGGAAAAAAACUAUUCAUCACCUCCAGAAUUUUCAUUCAAUACAGUAGAUAAGGAUAUUGAAGAGCGGGAAGAGAAUUCAAGACAAGAAAAGGAGGAGAAGCUGUGGAGAGAUAGAGAGAAUAGAGAGAAACAAGCAAAAGAAGAGAUUGAAAGAAAGCGUCAUGUACGUUUAUAACAAUUGUUUUUGUUCACAUCAUUUUACUAAAAAAAAAAUAUGUAGUGCAUCCUAAUAAAUAAAUAAACUUUCAGGAUAAUUUUAUAAGAAGUAUUGACUUUUUAUAAUCUCAUGAAUCCCUAUUGAUAAAAAUAAGAUGAAAAAAAGGGGGAUGCAGGUAAAUAACAAAAUAGCAGACUCAAAUCUAUUUAUAAAAUAUUUAAACCACAUUGCCUAGUUGGCACUAAUACUCUGUUCCAAGACAUCUUAAAUCACUGCUGAAUUAGUAUUUUGAUUUCAUAUUUUUAGUUCAUGAUAUUUUAGAAAUUACCAGAAUAUUUAGAAAUAGUUUAUAUUUUAUUUGCAGGAUCUAGAGAAAAGACAGAACCAGGAAAAUAAACUUAAGAGGGAGAGGGAAGAAAAAGAUCAGCAUGAAAGAGAAGAUAGAGAAAGAGGGGAAAAAGAAGAAAAGGAACAAAGGGACAGAGAAGAAAAGCUGCGAAAAGAAAAAGAACGAAAGGAAAGAGAGGAAUGGGAGAGAGAAAAGAAAGACAGAGAAAAGAAAGAAGCAGAAAAGGCAGAACUUGAAAGGAAAGCUCAAUUGGAGAGAGAGAAAUUGGAAAACGAUCCAAUCUAUUUGGAAGAGAGAAGGAAGAAAGAUGAGUUGUUGAGAAAACUAAAUGCCAUGGAUGGGGUGGGUAGCGGAGAGCCUGAUCCUUUUAAACCCACCUCUCCCAGCAAAAAGUCCAAAGAAAGUUCAAGAGCCGGUGGUUUUGGUGAUGGCAUGGACAGCCCCAGCAAGCGCAGCGAUCCCAAAGAGUACUCAUUCACCAAACCUAUAAAUAAUCUUCACCAGGGAAAACCGGCCCAUGAAGAUGUCUCUGUGCCAUAUUUAGAACGGCAACGACAGAAACGACAGGUGUCAAAUGAUAGCCUGGGUGCAGGAUACCAACCAUCAUUUGGGCCACCUAAAGUGGGUAAUGGUAUAAAAAAUAAUAACAAGCCCAAGUCUAUCUUUGAUGAUGAUGACGCCCUGGCAUUCAAGCCUGUUACUGACCACUCAUCUUCAAAGUCUACAACGAAAACUGACAAGCAGUCAACAAACCUUUUGGAAAAUCUGUUUGGCCCACAAGCCGCCACAAACAAAAAAGCUACAAACAAAAAAGCAGACGAGGACUCAUUUUUCUUAACUGAUCAUUCAUUAUCGCCUGGUGAAAAACGUGGCGGUACAAGCUCAAACACGGUUACAACAUUUCCUUGGGAUAGCACAACUUCCAACACAAAGGGGAAUAAAUCAAAUAAUGAGUCAGAAAGGGGAACCACUUUAUUUGGUGGUGGCGCUGCAUUAGUUGAUGAUGAUGUUUCAGCCCCUAAUAAAGUACUGCCUCGUAGACAACGGCAGGCGAACAUAAACACUUUUACCGCUAAACCAACAGUUAAUGCUGUGAGCAGCUUUGAUGAUGAAAUUGAAGAAGUUGUUAUAUAAAGAAGAGCAUACAUUUAUUUUAAACAAAGAACAUUGCCUUUUUUUUCUCUUUUUUUUUUGAGGCUUUACCAAAAAAUGGCUUGUGAUAUAUUCAUUGAAAAUAUUUCAUUUUCUUAAUAGUUGAAGAGCAUAACAAAAACUAAACGCUGUUAAAGUGAUGCAUAUAUAUUUAUUAUUUAAAAUUACUAAUUUUUAAGAAUGCUUUAGUUUUCACCCUGCUUUUCACCCAGAUAGCACUUUGUAAAGUUCACUUCUGAGUGUUAUUAAAAUCUAAUCUUUUAGGCAGGUAAAAUGCUCUCUACAAUAUCAUUGAUUUUUCAUUAUUCAUAUGUUUUGACUUGCCACUCUAUGUGACCUCAGAAAUAACGACAAUUUGUUGAGUUUGGUGCUGAUGUUCUCAAUAGCACAAAAUUUACAUUAAUUUUCUUUGUCUUACAAAAUGUAAUUUAUUUAAAAGUUGGUUAUAUUAAUGAUAUUAAAUUAUUUAUCUUUUUUCUAUAUUUAAAAAAAAUAUGCUUUAUAAAAAAUAUCAAAUUCUAAUAAUUCCAUGUUGGUACCAUGAAUAAACAAAAAUCACAUUUGUGUUAAAUUGUGUUUCUCUUGCAUUGCAUUUUUUCUCUUAUCAAUUUCACUAACUUUAGUAGCGCUAAGAAUUAUAUAUUUAAUGGGAAUUUCUUUUAAUGUAAGCUUUAAAAUGUAAGAGAUCUUUAAAAAAAAAUUUUAAUACUGGUAUAUAUUUUUCCUUUUUAAAUAAAAAUCAAGUUUGUCCUUAGCAAAAUGAACUUAAUCUUUAACUUUAAAGGAAUUUUUUAGCUUCCAUGAAAUAAAUUACCAACAGAAACCUCGUUUUGCUACUUUGCUCGCUACACAAUAGUCAAGCUGUUUUUAUUUUUGUAUUCUAUCAAAUCUUAUCAUGUCAAGUGAAAUACAAGUGCAGCUUUUCUUUUAUCUGUGAUAAAUUGUGAACUAAAAUUAAUUUAUAUUUCCUUAACUCCAGAAUAUGAUAACACAACUCAAUCAAAUAAAGUGUUACCAGAAUAAAUACAUUAGAAAUAGUUAUAUCACUUAUCAGGAAGGUUUGUGAAGUUUAGGGCAGGGGUGGGCAAACUACGAGGCAACUGAUAUGUGGCAUUUAGAAAUAUUUUUUAAAAAUUGUUUUAUUUAUUUUGUUGAAUUUUAAAGAAUUUCAUGUACCAUUACGAUUGUUUUAACAUUUUUGAUCAAAUUUCUUCCUAAUUUUCUAUUUUUUAAACAGUCCUUGACUUUUGUCAUGUAAUGCUAAAACGCGAAUUUAUCGAUUUUAUUAUAGAGAAAUUUUUAUCGACAUGUAAAAAUUAAACAUAAUAUACAUGCGGCCCCCCAUUAGCUUUACAUUUGUCAAUGUGGCCCUCCGCAAAAAAGUUUGCCCAUCCCUGGUUUAGGAUAAUGUUGUUCAUCCUUCGCAUGUACAUGACCAAAGAGAUAUUCAACUGUGAGUACGCAGGUGACCUGCCAGUCCUUUUUGUUGAGGGUAAGAUUAAACCCUUGGAAAACAAAUUUAUUGGAAACCCAUUGAAAGACAUUGCAAGUAAUGCAGCAUUUAUCUCUAACUCUUAUUGAAUGGGACAUUAUUUAAUACUUUGCCCUUUUUUACUAAUAAAAAAAGCAUUCCUUUUUAUAAAAUGACUGCUGAAAAUAUAUUUGCUUAGAAAAUCUUUACUUAGAUUACAUUACUGACAGAUAAUCGCGAUGAUUCUUUUUUUUUCUUUUUAAAUUAUUACAUCUUGGUCAGAGUUAUCUUUUCUGCAUUAUUGAAUAAGACACUCCAAUUGUGAAUGUUUUUCCAAGAUAGUCAAUAAUGAUCAUGAGGUAAAUAUAUUUUAAGAAUUGGGUGGAAGGAAAAUUAAAUUGGUUAUAUGAAUCAUGAAUCAAAAUAAAAUUUAAGUUCCAUUUGUCAAAGCAAGGUCAAAACCAUUUUUGACAAAUGGAAAAUUCUUUGAAUUAAAUUUUACCCUUUGUUAUUCAAUGAAAUUUGAACAUGUUUUUUUUUUUUAGUUGCAGUUGCAGUCAAAUAAUUUUGGUCCAAUUUUUUCAGACACAUUUCAUUGUUACCCUGUCUUUGAUUAUCCGUUCAAUAUCCAAGUUUAGUAGUUGUAUAUUCAAUAGGUAAUUCUAAAUUAUGAAAAAUAUACAGGUAAUCCUAAAAUAUAACUCGUUUAAAAAAAAACAGCAACUUCAUUCUAAGAAUUAAAAUCCUGAAGAGUUUAAAAAAUGCUAUUAUUAUUACACUAAAUCCAGAAGUGGUAAUGAAAUCUUUAAUGGAAAUAAUCAGAACUUAACUAUUUAUACUAAUUUGUGUUGUUGUUUUUUUAAACCUAAUUAUUAGUAUAUUUUUAGCUGCUUUGAUCUCUUCUAAGACCUAUUGCAUAAAUAUUUCCUUGUUUAUUGAUCAAAAUGUUUACCUUAAAC